AUGAAGGAUGGAUCUCUCGUGUGCGAGCGCCAGAGCCUAUCGAGGAAAGGGAGGCGGGAGGAAGAGGAAGAAGAGCAAGUGGAUGCUGAAGAGGGCGACGGUGGCCAAGUUCAACCAGAACGCAACCCUGCUGAUACGAAUGCCGACGACAUCGAAGAAGAUACGACGCCACGACCAGUCCUCGACGACGAUGAGCGCGCUGAUGAUACAUCUACGGAAAACGACGAGAGCGGCGAGAGCGAUCUAAGUUGGAAGACGCCUCCCCAAUCUGCAAGUAGCGGUGAUGGUCCACCAAUCAAGAAGAGAGCUCCAGCCAAAUGUUCUUGCGACUUCGCUACCCAAGGACAAUUGGUCACGAAAUGGAGUGAUGGGAUGGCGGAGCCUCGCGCAAAGUCCAUGUGCUGGUGGCAUUUACUCGCUCUCGCUGGGGCCGUAGGUCUCCGCGUCAAGAGAUAUGAUGCUCGUGGACUGGAAGAGCUCCUGCAAAUAUAUGCGACGGUGGUCCAAGACGCUAAAGCUGUGCGCUGGUGGAUGACCAUCAAGGUGGCUGAUGUAGUGCCUCGCGAGGAGAUCCGGGAAAGCGAUGCUAACCUGACGCUCAUGGACAUUGUCAAGAUGGAGUAUGACCUGCACGACUACCACAUGCGUGAGAGCAGCCUCGACCAGUCCAAGAACAAGAGUAAGUAA